GGGUAAAAACAACCAUGCCAGCAUGUGGUCGAUCUGUGAUAUUCAAGAAACAGUACAGAUGCCAGCACGGGCAACAAAGAAACAAACAGUACUCACAUUUCCACCCAAAAAACACAAAUUGUGUAUCAACUAUGACAGUGACCAUCAGGAAAACCGAAUAUUCAAGGAAAAGGCAGAGCAGGAGUUUAGAUACCCACAUGCCGGAAUGGCCAACUCAAGUGGUGAUAGCCUGGAACCACAACCAUGUAUUGGACAUCCCCGCCUCACUCAAAUACAGGGAUGUGGGUGAGGAUGCAGUGAAGAACCUUCAAGAACUGUUCGAGCAGGGGCAUUCUCCACAAACCGCUCUCACCAUAUUGCAUAGUGAUAUGCAAGUUGAUGACCCCGAGGGAUAUAUCACAAAAUCUGCCGACAGGGCUGUGUGUCCAGACCUUCAAUUUUGUUAUAGACUAUACUACCACAUUUUUAAACAAAAAUAUGGAGCUGGGAAUGGACAAGAGAUGAUUGAUGCCAUUGAAGAGAGAGUGUUCGCCCCAUACAACGCUGAGAUGGGAAUGAAGUGUGUGUCUAUGACCAAAGAAGAUGACCACAUCAUCAUAGCCAUUUGCACACCAAUGAUGAGGAGGGUGCACACAACAAGACAGAGUGGAGAGAUGGUGUUCAUAGAUUCAACAGGUAAUAUUGAUCGCCAUGGUAGCCGAUUAUUCAUACUCUUGACACACAACAGUGCUGGUGGUCUACCUCUGGGUAUUAUGAUAACGUCAUGUGAACAGCAGAGUGUGAUAGAGAAGGGUUUGAACCUUCUCACUGAGGUGAUGCCUCCUGAUUGCUUCAAUGGUAGAGGAGCUGCUGGGCCGAACAUCUUCAUCACCGAUGAUUGCACAGCUGAGCGGACAGCACUGCGGAAUGUCUACCCCUCCUCCACCUUGCUGUUGUGCAUAUUCCACGUCCUUCAAGCAGCAUGGCGCUGGUUGUGGGAUAGCAAGCAUGGAAUUCCCAAAGGUUCAAGACAACCCUUGUUCCAGAACAUCAAGCGCAUAAUGUAUGCAUCUACCCCCGAAGAAGCUGCCACAAUACACUCAGAUGCUUCUGAAGACCCUCUUACAUUAAGAUAUCCGAAGUACCUAGAAUACCUGAACGCAUUGUAUGAGAGGCGAGCCUUUUGGGCACUGUCAUUCCGAUCAUCCCUUCUUGUCCGCGGAAACAAUACGAAUAAUUACGCGGAAGCUGCGAUGAGGGUGCUAAAAGAUAACAUUCUUCACAGGACCAAAGCCUUCAACAUCCCUCAACUAGUGCACUUCAUCUUGUCUCGCCUUGGACCGCAUUAUCAGAGAAAACUUGUUGCUGUUGCAAACCAGAGACCCAUGAUAUCUACUCGAAUGAAGCCUACAAGCUGCAAAAAGGAAGAUAUCUCAAAGACUGGAGAGAUGACAUAUGAAGUGAAAAGUAGUGAUGGCUCCAGUUCCUAUUGUGUGGAUAUGAGUGUGGGAGUGUGUUCCUGCCCUGCUGGCGUAACUGGAGAUGCGUGCAAACACCAAGCUGCCAUUCACUACCAUCUCAAGGUUGCAAGUGAUAAUUUCCUACCCAGUACACCAGAAGAGCGAGCUAUCAUGCUUAACAUAGCAACUGGAGGUGAUGCUGCUGCCCUACCACAUAACUGGCUAGGUGCACUUCAAGACGAUGGUAUUGCUCCCCUUGAGGUUGAGGAAACAACUGACCAGCCAGAUGAACAACUGGAAGAAAGACCACAGAGAGACUCCCUUGAGGUUGAGGAAACCACUGACCAGCCAGAUGAACAUCUGGAAGAACCUAUUUCCUCACAAGAUGGUGACACGUCACAAGAAUGUGCAAAUCUGGCAGUGAUGUUCGACACACUGAAGAGAAAGCUGGAAAAUAAUCCAGAGACAUUCAAGGAGCCAGUCAAUGCCAUGUACCAUACUUUCCAAAAGAUGACUGAUAAUAAUAUGGUGUCAGCCAUGUUCAUGUUUGGAAAGUAUGGGACAACUAACUUGGCUCCCCGCAGGUUCCUUGGUUCAUCAUUAGGAUCACACGGACCAAACAUUGGUGUACAACCAACUGCGAUUGCACGACGGAAAGCUGCAAUGGGGGGAAGGAGACGUCUGACAUCUGGCAGACCAACCAAAGAUGCUGCUGUAGCUGAACAUGGCUACUCUAGGACGAGGUCAGAGCGUGUGCUGGGCGUGCAUCAAACAAAGAGAUCCAGAGUUGCCGCUCCUCACUCGCUGAGUCAUGCUACAAGCAUGAAUGUAGCUUUGGGGAAAACGCACAGUGCGCAAUAAAAGUGUAAUUGGCAAAUUAAGUACACUCAACUAAAAAAAGAAGAAAGUAAAUUCACUUUCCCAUUCAGAUUUUUUACAGAAGCUUCAAUGAAAAUUCAAUGCAGCAUUAUAGCAUGUAUCAAAUUAAAGGAAAUGUUAUGGCCAUUUAAGCUAGUAGGUGAACCAAAAGAAAAACUUUAGGAAUGAGUGAGCACAUUUGAUUGAUUAUUUUUUCUUCCAAGGUACAAAAGUAAAAAUUGCAAAAAUUGACAGUUUGUCAUUCAUUGUAAAUGCCCUUCUACAACAGUGGGAACGAUAGAUCAAACUUACACAUUGAGAAACUUGGCUAAAAUCACACAAUUGAGCCUUUAUUCUCUGUUUCUACUUCCAACCCCCCCCCCCCCCCUUACCCUACAGCCUGCCCCUCCCCUCACCAUUAAAAAGAACAGAAAAAAGAGAGAAGCUUUUGCUAUAUCCAAAUUUCAAAUAUGUUUUUAAUGCUACUUGUAAGUGGGUCCAAUGGUCUCGUUACCAAAAUGUUUGUGGACAGUGUUAAAUGCAACAUAUUCCCUACAUGUUCAUUUUAUUUUAUUCCCACAGUGUGUACUUGGGUUAAUUAUGAAAAUUUGAUUUUCCUCCUGUCAUGCUUUAAGAUAGACCUGUGAUAUAUUAUUAAUGC